AUGUCAUUAUUAACUAAAAUCGAUGCUCAAAUGAAUUAUAUCCUAUUACUUAUUAAACAAAUGCCAAAAUCUUCCAAGAAAAAAAUUAAUAAAUCAUCUAAAAAAGAAUCUCUUUUGAUUUUAUCAGAAAAUAAUAAUAAUAGAAAUGCAAUUUUAUCUUUAUCAACAUCAAAAAAUAAUAAUCAAGAAAAAAAUCUACCAACUAAUUUUCAUUUAGUAUUAAAAGAUAAUCAAAGUGAUUUACUAACAUCUGAAAAUUUUCCUUUUAGUCAUAUAUGCAAUCGUGAUAUACGUCAUUUACCAUUGUCAAAACGAAAUGAUACUGAUUUAGAUCGUCUUCGUUCAUGUUAUAUAUUGACAAUGACUGAUUUAAUUGGCCGUUAUUUAAUUCAUAAAACACCUGAUGAAUUUCGACAGUUUCUAAUUGAAAAAGUACAAUGUAGUCAAUCAUUUACUGAUGAAAUUAUUCAAUUGCUCUAUAUAUGGACACUACACAAUUUACAAAUUGGAAGAGGAACACGAACAACAACACUUAAACAAUAUUUGUGA